CUUACAAAGUAUAACGGACGUCAAGACUGAUUUCUCACCCUCUCUCCUCGCAAUUUCCCUAAAUCAUAAUGAUACCCAACAAUAUUGACUAUAUUUUUGUAUUUUUGGCUCCAACUUGCCUUAUCCAAAACCACACUUGUAAAUCCCACCGGUCCCACCAAAGUCAAAUCUAACGGCCACAUUCAACCCACCUCACCCCCCCUCACUCCUUCACUAACACCCGCCACAUUUGACCACCGUAACCGUCACCACUCACUCACACACACACACACACACACACAAACCCUAGUUUCCUCAAUUUUCCCCCAAAUUCACUCAAUAAUCUCACUCUCAAUGUCAAAUCUCAUCAGAAAAGUCUGGGAAUCAGUCUCAAACCGUUCGAAUUCCACUAAACACACAUCAAUUUCAUCGAUUAGUUCCAACUUUUCAUCUAAUCUGAACUAUUCAACUUCAUCGAGUGAAACGUUGUUCGAUCAGAUUUAUAUGUGUUCGUCUUCAACCGGAGAGUUCGAUCGGAUACCGAUCGAUGUGUUUAUGCAAAUCGUGAAGUUGUUGCAGCCGCACGAGGUGGCGAGACUCGCUGCUGUUUGUAAAUUGUGGAGAGUGAUUGUGUCUGAUAAUAAGUUGUGGAUGUAUUAUCUUCAGAAUCAGGUUGUUCCGUGGGAUUCUAUAUUUUUCUCGGAGGUUAAUUUGCGAUCUGGUUUUCCUCUUCAAACAUCUUCUCAGAUGCAAUCAUUUAUGCAUAUCUACGGAUUACGAGCACAGGUUCCUGGAGCUAUAAUCAUCGAUGGUGGUUCUGGCUAUUGUAAAUUCGGUUGGAGCAAGUUUGAUUCUCCAUCGGGACGAUCAGCAACGUUCUUGGAAUUUGGUAAUAUCGAGUCUCCAAUGUACUCAAGGCUUCGUCAUUUUUAUGCAACAAUUUAUAACAGGAUGCAGGUGAAAUCAUCCAUGCAACCAAUUGUUGUGUCAGUUCCGCUAUGUCAAUACGAUGAUACGGAAGCUGCUAAAGCUGCAAGAAGACAACUUAAAGAAGCAAUACACUCGGCAUUAUUCGGCAUGAAUGUUCCUACUGUUUGUGCAGUCAGCCAGGCAACUUUAGCUUUGUUUGCAGCAAAAAGAACUUCAGGAAUUGUUGUAAAUAUCGGUUUUCAUCAAACAACUGUUGUCCCAAUUUUAAACGGUAAGAUAAUGCACAAAGUCGGUGUGGAAGCUAUGGGAGUUGGAGCUUUAAAACUUACGGGAUACCUUAGGGAGCAAAUGCAGCAGCGAAACCUACAUUUUGAUUCAUUAUACACAGUGAGGUCACUGAAAGAGAACCUCUGUUAUGUUGCUCUUGAUUAUGAAGCCGAAUUAAGGAAGGAUACGGAAGCAUCAUAUGAAGUGGCAGCUGCAGGUUGGUUUACACUUGCAAAAGAACGGUUUCAAACAGGAGAGAUUUUAUUCCAGCCACGUAUUGCAGGAAUGCGUGCAAUGGGCUUGCAUCAGGCAGUGGCACUUUGUAUUGACCAUUGCCACGAUGCUGAGUUGACCGCUGAUGAAAGCUGGUAUAAGACCGUUGUCUUAGCUGGAGGAACAGCGUGCUUACCAGGAGUAGCAGAAAGAUUAGAGAGGGAAUUACAUGAUCACCUUACCCCUUCGAUAGCCGAUGGAAUAAAAGUUAUUCCACCUCCUUACGGUGCAGAUUCCGCGUGGUACGGAGCGAAACUCAUCAGCAAUUUGAGCACUUUCCCAAACUCAUGGUGCAUCACGAGAAAAGAGUUUCGGUCUAAGGCCCGAAGAAACCUCGAAAGAUGAAGUUUGAGAGUUAAGGAUGCUAGUAACCAAAUACUGUAUUAAUAGUAGUACUAGUAAAUAAAUAAAUAAAGGAAUAGAAUAAAUAAAGGAUGCGUUGAUCCGAGACGUAGUACACACUCGAACAGCGUCCACAUCGCUUGACACGCUAGAUCGUUGUCACUACCACAAAAUUUAUUGUAAAGAUUGUAGUUCAUGGGAUUUCAAAACGGCUUGCACAAUGGUGAACAAAAAGUUUUUGACCAUA